AAAGCAAACACUCAAAUUACUUAGGUUCGUGAUUUUCAGAGAAAAAAAUAUGAAAAAGGCCGGUAGCCAGGGUGCCAACAAAGGUAGCCAGGGUGCCGAUAAAGGUAGCCGGCUGUGUGCACCAGUCGACAGCGGCGCUAAAAGUGGCAGCUACGCAGGUAACAAGUUGGGCAGUUGUGGUGAAGCUAAGCAGGGAUCCAACCAGGGUAAGGUUUGUGGCACACCCGGCGACAAGAAGACUUCUGCGACUGGGAACAGAUACUAAGGGUUUGUAUGCCUAAUUACAGCAGUAGACACCGAAUGGUACUAACCCAUUCCUUAUGCAACCCUAUAUGUCAAUAAAUUCUGCUGCUGCGCCCCUACGAUGUAUUGGAUGUGACCUUCGAAGAUAUUAAGCUAUUUUGUACCGAAACGAACUAGUAUAUAAUUGUACAAAAAAAAAAAAAAGAAAUGAACUACUAAAUAUAGCAUAUAUAU